GGUUAUGGGUUCACUUUGAUCAUCUUUUGACUGCUGCUAAAGCUUUGAUCUUUUGGUUUCUGCUCAUUUCCACGUGUCUUUACUGUGUGAAAAUUAUAACUAUAAAUUAAAAGAAAACAAAGAUAAAACCUACUACAGCAGCUUAUAAAAGCAUGACUUUUUGUUGUGGGUUUUGGUAAAAAUGAAUUCUUUAGAUAGAAGGUGGGAUUGCAUAUACUUUCCUUAUUGUAGGUUUAUCAAAGAAAAAAUCUUGCUUUAUUUUGGAAUUUCUUUUUCUUGGUAUGUUUCGUUUGAUGAGUACAGUGGAGCUCAGAAAUUCUGUAUUGUUCACCCUGCAAUUACUCUAAAAGGGAAUUCAAGUGUUAAGCCUUAGUUUAAACCCCACCUUGUUUAAGUGUUCAGCAAUUUGAAGUAUCAUUUCUUUGUAGUUUCUGUUCUAGAGUUCAAAUUUGAUGAGCAUUGAGCUUGCUCAAAUAGGAGAAAUGGUGUUGUGUUUUACCUUCUGUUUCCGAUUUUUCUUUGUUGAUCCAUCUUUCCACUUCAUACAUGCAUGCCUUUGGUUAUUACUUCUUUAUGUGCUCAGGACCAAGAAUGCUACUAGUUUUUUUAAACUACAUAUGCAAAAACUACUGCUAUCUAAAAGAAAUUCCUUUUGUGUUUUUUGAAUUAUUAAUAUUAUUAUCAUAUUGGGGGAGAGGGAAGCGUGAGGAGGAGGAGGGAGGAGGGAAGUGGUGGAGAAUAAAAUACGGCAAUAUGAAUCUUCACCAACAUGGUAAAAGGUUUCUGGUGUCGAACGAUGAUGCCAGAGUCAACGGAUGAUUCAGAUAAAGCCAACACUAACCGUGAGAGUCAAGUAAAGGAAGACAGCGAGUAUGUGAGGCUUGUUAUAAGAAAUGAAAGAACAUCUGAAGUUGAAACUUCACAAUCCCAAUCACUGUCCAGAAGAGAGUCUAUUAUAUGGUGGAUCAAGGCCAUUAUUGGGUGUAUUUUCACUGUGAUAAUUCUUCUAGUUUUCAUAAAGUGGGGAGCGCCCUUUCUUUUUCAGAAGAUUCUAAUUCCAAUCCUACAAUGGGAAGCCACCACAUUUGGCCGUCCAGUGCUUGCUCUCGUAAUUGUAGCUUCUUUGGCACUGUUCCCGGUAUUCCUAAUUCCUUCUGGACCAUCAAUGUGGCUCGCUGGGAUGAUCUUUGGAUACGGACUUGGAUUUGUUAUUAUAAUGGCUGGAACAACAGUUGGGAUGACCUUGCCAUAUUUCGUUGGUUUGCUUUUCCGAGAUAGAAUUCAUCAAUGGUUAAAGAGAUGGCCUCAGAAGGCAGCCAUGAUUAGACUGGUGGGAGAAGGGAGUUGGUUUCAUCAAUUCCGUGUGGUUGCAGUAUUUAGGAUUUCGCCAUUUCCGUACACAAUCUUCAAUUAUGCAGUGGUAGUGACAAAGAUGAGGUUCUGGCCUUAUUUUUGUGGAUCUAUAGCAGGAAUGAUUCCGGAAUCCUUCAUUUAUAUCUACAGUGGUCGGCUAAUGAGGACAUUUGCGGAUGUGCAAUAUGGGAACCAUCACCUGACUAGAGUUGAGAUUGUCUAUAAUGUUAUUUCAUUCAUUAUAGCAGUCAUCAUUAUAGUGGCUUUCACAGUCUAUGCCAAGAGGACACUGAGUCAACUUGAAAACGAAGAAGAAAACAAUGGUGAAGGCUCUGCCUCUAACCGUGGGAGGUUAGAAAUGGAACCUCUCCCAACUGAAAACUCCAAGUAUCCUAGUUUUUGCUCAACUUUGUAGUAAGAGGAAUGUUAACCCUCAACUGUCUAGGGAACUAGUGUAAAUAAUUUGAAUUGGAGCGGCAUGUUUUAUAUAUCCCUCCAUAUUUGUAUCUAGAAAUCGAAAGAUGCUUAUUGAGAAAAAAACAGUGUUAUGUAACUAGAGCUAAUGCCUGACUAAUUGAUCCUGGAAAAUGAAGACAACAUUUGAUUGUGGAGCA